AUGGGCCAAUCCAAAGAAGUCAUCAUCCUCGGUGGUGGUGUUUCCGGCCUUGGAAUGGCCGUCCAACUGAAGCGCUUCUUGGGCCACGAGAAUUUCACCAUCUACGAGAAAUCGGACAACAUUGGAGGGACUUGGUGGCAUAACAGGUACCCUGCAUGUGCCUGCGAUAUUCCGAGCCACUUUUACUCGUAUAGCUUCGCCAUAAAGCCUGACUGGACGACUACCUAUCCUGGCCGUGAUGAAUUACACCAGUACUUCAUGUCCGUGGCUGAGAAAUGCGACAUCAUCCCGCAUUGUCGUUUCAACAAAAUAUGGUCGGACUUGACCUGGGACGCUUCACGAUCGGUCUGGAUCUGUACUUUCCAGGAUACAAUCAGUGGAGAGAUUUUCACGCGUGAGGCACCGGUGGUUAUCAGCGCAAUCGGAACUCUCGACCGCCCAUUUAUUCCAAAGGUUGAGGGCGCAGAGACUUUCAAGGGAAAGAUGUUCCAUAGCGCGCGGUGGGACGAUAGUCUGAAGCCCAAAGGAAAAAACAUUGUUGUUCUUGGAAACGGUGCGUCAGCUACCCAGUUCGUGCCGGAGAUGGUGAAGCAUGUCGGGGCCCAGGGCAGCGUCACGCAAUUCGUCCGCAGCGCGCACUGGUGGACUAAGAGGGGAAACCCCAAAUAUUCGGACACCUUCAAGGCGGUCAUGAAAUACGUCCCCUUCGCCGCUCGCGUCUACCGCAUAUGCCUGGCAUGGCAGCUCGAAAAUGUCUUCUAUUCCUUCUACAUGACCUCGAAGGGCGCGGCCAUGCGCCAGAAGAUCCGAGACGCUACCCAGGCCUACAUUGAGAAUGACGCUCCACCGCAGUACCGUGAGCUCCUCAAGCCAAACUACGAGCCCGGGUGCAAGCGUCGUGUUAACACAGCAACAUAUCUCGCCUGUCUGUAUUCGCCGCAGAUGCUCCUUACCAAGGACAAAGUGGUGAAGAUUGGAGAAGACUACGUCCUGACAAACACCGGAGACCAGUACCCUGCCGACGCGAUCGUCUUCGCCACAGGAUUCCUCACUCAGCGCUGGCUGUAUCCGAUUAAUGUCAAGGGCAUCGGCGGCAGGGACCUGCACGAAGCGUGGGACGCCAAGGGGGGAGCCGAAGCAUAUAAAGGAACUGUUGUCACUGACUUUCCCAAUUUCUUUAUCCUUUACGGCCCCAAUGCCGCAACCGGCCAGCAUUCUGUCAUUUUUCACUCCGAGUGUCAGAUCAACUACACCUGUCGUCUCCUGCGCCCCGUCCUGAGCGGUAAUGCUGAUAGCAUUAUGGUGAACCCAGGGGCACAGGAGCGAGACCUGCGAUGGGUACACAGAAAGUUAAAGGACUUGGUUUUUGAUAGUGGCUGCCAAAGCUGGUGGAUGGAUCCUGUUACCAGAAAGAACACGUUUAUCUACCCCGACCCGAUGUACAAGUACUGGCUACGUACAAUCUUCCCUCGCUGGAGCGAUUUCCAGAUCAAGAGAAGUGAGCACUCAGGGAGCUCGUUCGGGAAGGUGGCUUUUGGGGAUAUGGAGAAGAUCGUGGGUCAGGUUCCGAGUUGGGGAUCGAGGGCUUAG